CUAAGCUGCAGGGGCAGCAGAGGCAGAGAGAAGAAAGAGAUCAAACUCCCGAUCAGUGAGACACAGCCAGACAGGCAGACAGACAGGCAGACAGACACAUAGACUGACUGACAGACGAACCACCGGACCAUUACGGACUGGAUCAGGACGUUGAAACCCGCCUCCGGAUGAGACAGGACGGCCUGGCUUUUGUUUUUUUGGGGGGACUCUGCUACAGAUACGUGGAAUAACCGACAAGCUAUUGGGAGAGUUAACCCCGUGCUACCCGUGAUGGAAUAUUUACGCUCUUCUCAAUUUCUAAUUUUUCUUAUUUUCCCUUCCUUCUCCUUCUCUUCUUCCACCACCUCCACCUCCUCUUCUUCAUCCCCUCACAUUCUGACACGCUGCUGAAGAUGCGCGCGAAUGCGUCUUUUGCGCACUUCCAUUGCGACCACCACUGACAGCGUUCGUGCUUUAUAACAUUUUGAAACCUUAUUUUUUUAAUCACAGCAAGGGAGAGGGGAGAAAGAAAGAGGGAGAGAGCGAGCGAGGUGUGAAUUGAAUUGAACGCGGUGCUGGUCUCAUGUUUCUUGCCUAGGGCCCGGAUGUACCGAGGGAUGCACCGGUGCGUUUUCCCAACCGGUUCCGCCGAAAGCUCCCUCUUUUUUCUCGCCUUCACCUCCAUCAUGGGGAUUAGGUAAUAUUCACUCCAUCCGAAGAGACCCUCUCCAUAAAGAAAAAUAACGGAAUACCCAAAACUAUCUGUGCCAGACAGUUCUUUCUUAUUUUUCCCUGUUUUUUGAUUUCUUUAUUUUUGGGGGGCUUUUCCCCUCUUGUUAUUUUUCCUCCUCCUCCACAGCUUUUUCCUCUCUCUCUCUUCCAUUCACCUAUAGGGAUAACGCCGGACUACAUUUAUGGUAAAUGAAAGCAAAAACAUGUACAUCCCGGAGGAUACCCUUGAGAACCAUCAAGGCUCCGACUACUCUCCCCCUCCCCCCCUGCCUCAGCUUCCUCACCCCAGCCUGACCAACGAGCACAGUGGCAGUGGUAGCCGUGGCAACCAUGGUGGAGGAGGUGGUGGGCUUAACCAUGGGGUGGGCGUGGUGGGCCUGGCUCCAGAGCACAUUCCCACACCGGGGGCGGCUUUGAGCUGGCAGGCAGCCAUCGAUGCUGCACGGCAGGCAAAGAUGAUGGGCAAUGCUGCGUCGGGUGGAGGGUCGGAGCUUGGGUCAGGAGGCGGCGGGCCCAUCUCCACAGCCAGCUCCACACAAAGGAAGAGACAACACUAUAGCUCUAAGCCCAAGAAGCAGACGACGACGACAGCAACAAGGCCGCCACGGGCCCUACUGUGUCUCACGCUCAAGAACCCCAUCCGCAGGGCCUGCAUCAGCAUUGUGGAGUGGAAACCAUUUGAGAUCAUCAUCCUGAUGACAAUUUUCGCCAACUGUGUGGCCUUAGCUGUCUACAUCCCCUUCCCUGAGGAUGAUUCAAAUGCCACCAACUCUAACCUAGAGCGUGUGGAGUAUCUGUUCCUCAUCAUUUUCACAGUGGAGGCAUUCCUAAAGGUAAUAGCCUACGGCCUGCUCUUCCACCCCAACGCCUACUUGAGGAACGGCUGGAAUCUGCUGGAUUUCAUCAUUGUAGUCGUAGGGUUAUUCAGUGCAAUCUUAGAGCAGGCCACCAAGGUGGAAGGAGCCACUCCUAUUGGUGGGAAGGCAGCAGGCUUCGAUGUCAAAGCUCUGAGGGCAUUCAGAGUACUCAGACCCCUCAGACUGGUCUCUGGAGUGCCCAGUUUACAGGUAGUGUUGAACUCCAUAAUCAAAGCCAUGGUUCCUCUGCUCCAUAUCGCCCUGCUGGUCCUCUUCGUCAUCAUCAUUUAUGCCAUCAUUGGCCUGGAGCUCUUCAUGGGCAAGAUGCACAAGACCUGCAUUUAUGAGCAUUUAGGCACCAUUGCGGAGGAAAAGCCAGCACCGUGCGCACCUGAUGGAGCUUACGGUCGACACUGUAAACUGAAUGGAACAGAGUGCAAAAUGGGAUGGGAGGGCCCAAAUGACGGCAUCACCAACUUUGACAACUUUGCUUUUGCCAUGUUAACGGUGUUCCAGUGUAUAACCAUGGAGGGCUGGACGGAUGUGCUAUACUGGAUGCAGGAUGCUAUGGGCUAUGAGCUGCCAUGGGUCUAUUUUGUCUCUCUUGUCAUCUUCGGCUCGUUUUUCGUUCUCAAUCUCGUUCUGGGGGUGUUGAGCGGAGAGUUUUCCAAAGAGAGGGAAAAGGCCAAGGCACGUGGUGACUUCCAGAAACUCAGAGAAAAACAACAACUGGAGGAGGACCUCAAGGGCUAUUUAGACUGGAUCACCCAGGCUGAAGAUAUUGACCCAGAGAAUGAAGAGGAGGGCUUGGAUGAUGACAAACCCAGAAACCUGAGCAUGCCAGCCAGUGAGAAUGAGUCAGUCAACACAGACAACGCCCCCGGGGGAGACGUGGAGGGGGAGACCUGCUGUACCCGGCUAGCAAAUAGGAUCUCCAAAUCCAAGUUCAGUCGCUACUCUCGGCGGUGGAACAGGCUGUGUAGGAGAAAGUGUCGGGCGGCCGUCAAAUCGCAGGUUUUCUAUUGGCUGGUCAUCUUCCUGGUUUUCCUCAACACUCUGACCAUUGCCUCUGAACAUCACAAGCAACCUCAGUGGUUAACUGAUGUACAAGACAUAGCCAAUAAGGUGCUGCUAGCACUCUUCACUGGUGAGAUGCUGUUGAAGAUGUACAGUCUGGGCCUGCAGGCAUACUUUGUUUCACUGUUUAAUCGCUUCGACAGCUUCGUAGUUUGUGGAGGAAUUCUUGAGACCAUUCUAGUGGAAACCAAGAUCAUGUCUCCUCUCGGCAUCUCUGUGUUACGUUGUGUGCGGUUGCUACGAAUCUUCAAAAUAACCAGAUACUGGAACUCGCUGUCCAACCUGGUGGCCUCCCUGCUAAACUCUGUUCGUUCCAUUGCAUCCCUGUUGCUCCUGCUGUUCCUCUUCAUCAUCAUCUUCUCCCUGCUCGGCAUGCAGCUCUUUGGGGGGAAAUUCAACUUCGAUGAGACCCGUCGCAGCACCUUCGACAACUUUCCCCAGUCUCUGCUCACUGUGUUUCAGAUCCUAACAGGAGAGGACUGGAACUCUGUGAUGUAUGAUGGCAUCAUGGCAUAUGGUGGACCGUCCUUCCCUGGCAUGCUGGUCUGCAUCUACUUCAUCAUCCUCUUCAUCUGUGGAAACUAUAUCCUACUGAAUGUCUUCUUGGCCAUUGCUGUAGACAAUCUCGCAGAUGCUGAGAGCCUGACAUCUGCCCAGAAAGAAGAAGAAGAGGAGAAGGAGAGGAAAAAACUGGCCAGGUUGGCCAGUCCAGAGAAGUGUCAGGACAAUGAGAAGCCACCUCUGGAGGAGAAGAAGGAGAAGAUAGAGCUCAAGUCCAUCACCUCUGAUGGAGAGACCAACACUGCUACUAAGAUCAACAUGGAUGACUACUGUGGAGAUGAGAAUGAAGAGAAGAAUCCAUAUCCUGCAAAUGACUACAUAGGAGAUGAUGAUGAUGACGAGCCAGAGAUGCCAGUGGGCCCGAGGCCACGGCCACUCUCCGACAUUCAGCUAAAGGAGAAGGCUGUUCCCAUGCCUGAGGCUCGUGCUUUCUUCAUCUUCAGCCAUACCAACAAAUUCAGGGUUCUGUGCCAUAAGAUCGUCAACCAUAACAUUUUUACCAACCUCAUCCUCUUCUUCAUCCUGCUCAGCAGCAUCAGUCUGGCAGCGGAGGACCCAGUCAAGAAUGACUCCUUCAGAAACCAGAUCCUUGGCUAUGCAGAUCAUGUCUUCACUGGACUCUUCACCAUAGAGAUCAUUCUGAAGAUGACAGCCUAUGGAGCCUUCCUCCAUAAAGGUUCAUUCUGUAGAAACUAUUUCAACAUCCUGGACCUGGUGGUGGUUAGUGUGUCCCUCAUCUCCUCUGGAAUACAGUCCAGUGCGAUUAAUGUGGUGAAGAUCCUGAGAGUUCUGCGAGUGCUCAGACCGCUGAGGGCCAUCAACAGAGCCAAGGGACUAAAGCAUGUUGUGCAGUGUGUUUUUGUGGCCAUCAGGACCAUUGGCAACAUUGUCAUUGUCACCACAUUACUCCAGUUCAUGUUCGCAUGUAUUGGAGUACAACUCUUUAAGGGCAAGUUCUCCUUCUGUACUGACAGCUCUAAACAAACUCAGGCAGAGUGCAGGGGUUCGUACAUCAUGUAUAAGGAUGGUGAUGUGGGGAAGCCUGAAAGAGCCCAGAGAUCAUGGGAGAACAGUGACUUUAACUUUGAUGAUGUUCUACAAGGCAUGAUGGCUCUAUUUGCUGUGUCUACCUUUGAGGGCUGGCCAGGGUUACUAUACCGAGCCAUAGAUUCUCAUGCUGAGGACGUCGGGCCCGUCUACAACUAUCGCGUGGUCAUCUCCAUCUUCUUCAUCAUCUACAUCAUCAUCAUCGCCUUCUUCAUGAUGAACAUCUUUGUCGGUUUCGUCAUUGUCACAUUCCAGGAGCAAGGAGAGCAAGAAUAUAAAAACUGUGAGCUGGACAAGAACCAGCGUCAGUGUGUGGAGUAUGCCUUGAAGGCCCGUCCGUUGCGUCGCUACAUCCCCAAGAACCCCUACCAGUACAAGGUGUGGUAUGUGGUCAACUCCACAUACUUUGAGUACCUGAUGUUCACACUCAUCCUUCUGAACACCAUCUGUCUGGCCAUGCAGCAUCAUGGACAGACCAAAAAUUUCAAUGAUGCCAUGAACAUCCUCAACAUGCUCUUCACAGGACUCUUCACUGUGGAGAUGAUCCUUAAACUGAUCGCCUUCAAACCCAGGGGGUACUUUAGUGAUCCCUGGAAUGUGUUUGAUUUCCUCAUCGUAAUUGGCAGCAUAAUAGACGUCAUUCUCAGUGAGAUCAACCCAGCUGACUCCUCCUCGUCUUCGUCCUCCUCCUCUUCGUCCUCCUCCUCCUCCUCUUCCUCCUCUCACCCCCCUGUGGUAAGGCCAAUGGUACGCUCCAACGGUAACCUCGUCCGCCUCCCUGCCUCCUCCACCAUUCCUCCAUCCCUCCAUCCUUCCAUCCCUCCUUCUGCUACAUCAUCCAUGGGACUGCAGAACUCUGAAGAGAACGCCAGGAUCUCCAUCACCUUCUUCAGACUGUUCCGCGUGAUGAGGCUGGUGAAGCUGCUGUCUCGCGGGGAAGGGAUUCGGACCCUGCUGUGGACCUUCAUCAAAUCCUUCCAAGCUCUGCCCUAUGUAGCUCUGCUUAUAGUGAUGCUAUUCUUCAUAUACGCUGUCAUCGGCAUGCAGAUGUUUGGUAAGAUAGCACUGCGGGACCACACACAGAUCAACAGGAACAACAAUUUCCAGACAUUCCCUCAGGCAGUGCUGCUGCUCUUCAGAUGUGCAACAGGUGAGGCAUGGCAGGAGAUCAUGCUUGCAUGCUCUCCCAAUCGGCCGUGUGAGAAAGGAUCAACCAGUGACAACAGCACAUCCAGCGAGGACUGUGGCAGCCAGUUUGCCAUCAUUUACUUUGUCAGCUUCUACAUGCUCUGUGCCUUUCUGAUCAUCAACCUGUUUGUGGCUGUCAUCAUGGACAACUUUGACUACCUGACGCGUGACUGGUCAAUCCUGGGGCCACAUCAUCUUGAUGAAUUCAAGAGGAUCUGGGCUGAAUAUGACCCAGAAGCUAAGGGCAGGAUCAAGCACCUUGAUGUGGUGACUCUGCUCCGGAGAAUCCAGCCUCCACUUGGCUUUGGCAAGCUUUGUCCCCACAGGGUGGCCUGCAAGCGUCUGGUGUCGAUGAACAUGCCUCUGAACAGUGAUGGGACAGUGAUGUUCAACGCCACACUGUUUGCUCUGGUCAGAACCGCACUCAGGAUCAAGACGGAAGGUAAUCUGGAGCAAGCCAAUGAAGAACUUCGGGCAAUAGUGAAGAAGAUCUGGAAGAGAACCAGCAUGAAGCUCUUAGAUCAAGUAGUGCCCCCUGCUGGUGACGAUGAGGUAACAGUUGGGAAGUUCUACGCUACCUUCCUCAUUCAAGAAUAUUUCCGCAAGUUUAAGAAGAGGAAAGAACAAGGGCUGGUGGCCAAGGUGCCCCCCAAAACUGCCCUCUCUCUGCAGGCGGGCCUGCGGACAUUGCAUGACAUUGGUCCAGAAAUUCGGAGGGCCAUCUCUGGAGACCUGACUGUAGAAGAGGAGCUGGACAAAGGUCUGAAGGAGCCUGUGUCAGCUGCAUCUGAGGAUGAUAUCUUCAGGGUAAAGCGCACGGGUGGGUUGUUUGGCAAUCACGUCAACUACUACAACCAAAGUGAUGGCCGCAGUUCUUUCCCACAGUCCUUCACUACCCAACGUCCCUUGCAUAUCAGUCAAAAGGGCUCACCUUGUGAAGGCGAGAGCCCAUCACAUGAAAAGCUCAUGGACUCGACCACUUUCACCCCUUCUUCCUACUCCUACUCUUCAUCAGGCUCCAAUGCCAACAUCAACAAUGCCAACAACACUGGCAUGGCCGGGGUGCCAACCCAGGGCAUCAUUCGAUUCCCAAGCCCAUCCAUAAGCACUGUGGAUGGGCACACAGAACAGCCACUCACCCCCAUCCUGCUCCCAAGAUCUGCAUGGUGCUUUCCUCCAAAAAGCUCGGACUCUAGUGAAAGCCGUCUGCCAAUCAUCCGAAGAGGGGAGGGGUCAACAGAGGAGACGUAUGAUGAGAGCUAUGGCGAUGAUAGGGAGUACCACGAGGAGGACCACUCGCUCUCCUCUGACAUGCUUGUGUAUCAUGAUGAAACAUGUAAGCAGCUGACUCCCAUGGAGGGAGGAGAGGAGUUAGAAGACAGAAGAGGAGGAGGGUGGCAAUCUCCCAGGAGAGUCUUCCUCUGCCCCACUUCUCUGGGGCGGAGAUCUUCCUUCCAUCUUGAGUGUCUCAGGAGACAAUCAAGGCCAGACGUCUCACAGAAGACGGCUGUACCCUUACACCUUGUACAUCAUCAGGCUCUAGCAGUGGCAGGGUUGAGUCCUCUGCUCAGAAGGAGUCACUCACCUACCCUCUUCAGCCGGCUAUGCUCUACACCUCCAGCCAGUCCCACAGCUCAUGGGAGUGAUGCUUCCUGCCAGCAAGUGCCCUCUCUGAGGCUAGAGGGCUCCAGCUCCCAUGAAAAGCUUAAUACUAGCUUGCCCUCUGUCAACUGUGGGCCCUGGUACGGUGACAAUAACAGAAGGCCCAGUUCUAGUCCCAUCCCCAGCACACUGGUGUCCAGUCAUAGAGCGCCACGGCCGGUGUCGCUCACAGUACCAUCAGUGCUGAGAAAAGACUCUAGCUUGACGUCUCAUGGCAGCGCAGGCAGUUUGGUGGAGGCAGUGCUAAUAUCUGAGGGGCUGGGUCGUUUCGCCCAGGACCCAUCAUUCAUUGAGGCAACCAAAGCCGAGUUGGCUGAUGCUUGCGACAUGACUAUCGAGGAGAUGGAGCACGCUGCCAACAACAUUCUCAAUGGCAGCACCACUGCAAACAUCGCAUCUAGCAGCCCCUCCACCUCCCAGCACAGCCCUAAUGGCAACCUCCUCCCCUUCCACACAACAGCAGCAACACACAGGGACCGAGUGGUCAGCUUGAGUCCCAGUGAGGGCGGGGGAGAGGCUGGAGGAAGUAGAGGCUCAGUCCAUGAGCCAUCCUCUGUGGAGGAGCGGCAAGAGCUGUUAAUAUGUGGGAGAGGACGAGAGGAGGAGGAGGAGGAGGAGGAGGGAGGAGUGAGAAAGGAGGAGCAUCACAGAAGCUCAGUUGUGGCUGGAGGAGCGCGGCAGAGGAACAGCGGGCUGUUGGAAGAUGAGGAUUUGGAGUGUGUGACAAGUUUGUAGGAGUCAGCUCAAUAGGUUCGACUAGCCCCUCUGACAUCAUCAGAGACUGACACUCGUCAGUGCUGGGUAACAGCGCCACAGCUGGCUCUGUCUGUCCCCACCGCUCACACACACACACUGUCUGCCUCUCUGCCAGACGUAACAGCUCUGGACAAUGGCGGCCAGUGACACAACCUUAAACACCUGGUUACAACUUUGUUGGAUUGUAAGUGUGUGAAUGUUUGUAGUAAAGUAUUCCGCACUAUAGUCUAUACUGUCUGAGUGUUUGUUUGUAUGUAUGAGUUAUGAUUUUUCUCUUUUUGUAGGUGUGUGUGUGUGUGUGUGUGUGUUCUCCACACAUUUCUGAGUGUGUCUCUAAAGUGCCUCACAGUUUUAUCAUAUCCUCAAAGUAUGAAGAGCAGAACAGUAGAGACAAGCAAAAAAGACAAAGGAACGUAGGAGUAAUGGAAAGGUAGAAAGGAAACAGAGGCAGGAAGUCCUUUUAUGGAUUUCCUGCAAUUGACAGUGUGUUUAUUGUUUUUCUUUUAUUUCCUAUGUCUACUUUGGUGUUGUGUUAUUGUUGUUUAUCUGGCCACCAUGAAGCCAGGUAGGGGACAACAGACCAGCUAGUAUGGGGGUCAGAUUAAGAUCUGACCAUGCCCUCUGGAGGUCAAAGAUCAACCCUUCCUUCUUGGAUCACUGAUGACAAAGCGCUGUAAAACAGGGUGAGGAAAACCCUGUUUAAAAUGUCAUUUUCUCCUCCUCUUCCAAAGCUAUGGGACCUUGGAGCACAUCCCUGCCAACUCUGGGGUGGAAUCAAGGUGAUACACUGCCCCAGCCAUGAGGGGGGAAGGAUUUGAGGGAUGGACCAACAGCCACAACAGGGCUGCUCCAGGGGGCUAUUGGCAGAGAGAGACACUCUGGCCAACAGGAAGCUAGCCAGCCCUUUUUCUGCUGGUCAGUAAGAUGCCAGCGGCAGACAAACUCACCUCAUCUGUUACCUUGAUCUGGCUUUUCCUCCUCCACUUGCUCAUCCUUGUUUGGUCAUGCCCACUUCCUGCCCCAAACAGGAAAUGGGAGGAGCAUUUGGUGGCUAAGCUGAAACAGCAAGCCCCUUUUCUGCCUCAUACCUCACUGUUCCUCACUCCUCCCUCUCUCCUUCCUCCCAUCUCUUUGGUUAUUCUACCACCCCUUUUCCUCCAUCACUGAGUUUUUGCUUUUUCAGUCCUUGGGGAGGUGUGCGUGUGUUGAACAGGGCAACAGAGACGGUAAGGUGGAGGAGAGAAUGGGAGUGAACGAUUAAGAAAAGAACUGACUCAGGGCAGGGAUCAAUACAGGAUCUGCCCAUCAAUCAACCUCACUUCCUUCUUCAAGACCCUCCUCUUCCUCUCAGCAUGGAAACCUACUGGAUGUGCUGCCACCCACUCCCUCUACAGACCACACCCACUAUGUAUUUAACAGUUCAAUAUUGUGCAAAACUGACUAGCCAUGACUAUUUUGAUUUAUAUUCAUGAUGUUAUUGGUUUAAUUUAUCUAUGAUUUGUUUGCACAAUCGGGGUGCUGGUCUUAUAAAUGUAUUUUUGCUCAGUUUAUUUUAGGAGAAUUUUAAGAGGUUUUAAGUAUUGAAGCAGGGCGUAGUGUUUGCGUUCGAGUGUAUAACUAUAUUUGUGCGUGCAAGUGAGUGUCUGCGUUUUAGUACAGAAUGCGUGUGUGUACGAGUGUGUGAGAUAGUGUGUGUAUCUAAAAGGGGGGUCUUUCUCUCUAUCAGUAUGCACCUUUUACAGAUUGUAUCUAUUUAUUUAUUUAUUUUUCCCAGAAGAGAAAAAAAUAUGUGAGAAUGUGUUUGUAUGUAUGAGUGUGUGUGUGCCUGUGUUCUGAGUGGUUACUCAUGUAUUCUAAAAAGCUGAUUUUAAGCCUAGACAGUAAAUUAAGGUAGCAUUACAAGCAUGGUGUUGUAUGUGUGUGUGCGUGUAUGAAGGUAUGUGUGUGAUAAUGGGCCUCCUUAACACAGGGUUACCAUGGACAGGCAUGCUUCCAAAGCUUUGUGAUUUCUUUAGUACAGUUUUUACUUUUUAGCCAAGCUGCAGAGUCAGAAGCCACUGUCUCUUUGAAGAUGAGUCAUCACAUAACUUUUCUUUAGCUGUGUAGAGGUAGUUAAGAGUAAGGUUUCCAACAAGAUCUGAAUGAUGGUCGCAUUUACAAUGUGAUUAGUUUUGGUAUUGUAGCUUGGCCAGAAGGUAAGACACCUUUUGGCAAUUGCUGCUUUUCUUCUUCAUGAAUGGUUGCUCUAAAUGGUAAAAGCACCAAAUUUUUACUGCCACAGUAAUGCCUAUUGAAUGAACUGGGGCGGUGACGCCCUAUUGCUCGGCUGCAACACCUUAAUCACAUGAUUUUAUCAUUUAAUCAUAAUUAAAACUCCAGUGAACUAUCAGGCAGGUGUACAGAUGCUGCAAGACUUCUGAAUCACUUCACUUUGAACGAGGUCCACUCACUUUCUGAUUUGUUAGCAUUGUCAACUGAUCAACUAAUUUCCUGUUUGUAAUAAAAUAUGCUGGCAAAACUAACUACUGGGAAGUUAUAAUACAAAUUGGAAAUGUAUUGCUAUUUGAUAAUUGUUUGGUUAAUGUGAUUAAUUCAAAUUCAGAGGAAAGUUGGAUGGUAUUUUGAUAUGAUUUGUUUUGGGGGUUUUUUUGUGGCAUCUAGGUAGCAUACUAACAUUUUUGAUCCACCUUUCUCUUUUAAUGUUUGGUUCUUGAUUAUAGUUUGAUUCACUAUAGAUAAAGUAUGGCCACAGUGUGCCAUAGCCAGGUAUGGUACUCAGGCCUCAGGUCAAUGCACAGUGCACAGGUCUCAUUUUGGUAUUGUAUCAAUUCCAAAAAAGCAUUAUUAUUAUGUCAAUGACGCUAUUAUAUUUAAAACUCAAAUCAUGUAGUUCAACUCUCCAUACAAAGUCACAUGAGGCGCCUACCAGACAAGUGCUCAUGUGCAGAUACAGCUCAACAGAUCUAGUUAUACCAGCCAAAAAUGAUCUUGUAAGAACAGCCCUUAGUUUUCACCUUAAUUCAUCAUUAAGGACUCACUGCUGAGAUUGAUUCCUACUUGUUAAGCAGAGCAGGUCUGUGGCAAACAAAGGGUUGGUAUGAACACACUGCCAUACACUGCAUCCUGUGCCAGUAACAGACUUCUGAUAUUAUUAUGCAAACUAAAUGUGAACGUUGACUGUGUUUUUCAUGGCAGUGCUACUGGUUUGUGUUUAAGAUCAUACUGCAAAUCCUGAAGGUUUGUGCUGUCAAAGGAAUACCAAACCACCACCCCCUUCAGCACUUUCCUUCUUUUUUCUUUUUUUCUUUCCUACUUUCUAAAACACCUCAUUAAAAUAGGCGGUUUCAAAAUCAUAUCAUACCAUAAGCUAACAUGCUCACAUCAAUUUCAGUAUAAGCUUCUUUUUGGGAGUUAAUGUUAAUGUGUACGGGGCAGGAUCUGACUUCAGUAACCUUAAAAUUAGCACAAUCAAACUUUGUGCUUUGAUCAUAGUUUCCACGCUUUGUUGUAUUGACCCAGGUUAAAGUUUAGUUAACCCAGAAUGUAAAAGACAUUAGGGUUUCUUCUCCCACUUAUUUUCACUGAUAUUCUCACUAAUAAAUGUAAUCAGCAGACACCUGAACGGUAAAGUAGUAGUUCUUGUAUCCAAGCUACAGUGGACCCAGCAGUAUUUCUGCUUGCUACCAACCAUUUCAUCAUGCAGUGUAACAGACAUGAAUGCUCCUCUCUCAGAUCAGUUUGAUACGAAACCAUGUAAUAAUGAAUGACAGUAGUAAAUUGAACACAGAACCACCAUCACAUGUGGGCAAGAUAAAAUUAAGAUGGAAAGGUUUCUACAAAGUUGCAUAGCUGGCAUUUUCUUUUAUCAUCAUAGCCUUAAAAUAAGUAAUCAGUAAUCAAAACAAUGUUCACCACCUAAAUAAUAUACUGUAUGCAUGCACUCAGAAGCUACUUUUAGUUCCUAUCUUGCUAUCUUUAAUUUCAUACUUACUUUCAUAUUCGCAUGUUAUAGACACCCACUUACAUUAUGGAGUAACCCUGCAGAUCAGAAGUGUCAAACCAGGCUUUGCUGUGUGUGUUUAAAGGCUUGUUGGUUGCAAAUGUUGGUGAGUUUCAAGGGCCUGUCGUGCCCCCGUGUGGAGUGGAGCAGCAUUGCAGUUUUUUGUUAUAUACUAUACAGGUUGGCAUGAAACUCUGAGGUGUUGUGUUGCAGUGUAAUGGUAUGAGUGGGUGUAAUCCUGAAUCCCACAAGAUAUGCAAAAACAAUGCAAUAACUAUGACUGUAUACAAGGGUCCUGAAGUAAUUAUACUUGUGAAAGUGAGAAAAAAAACUAUCAUGAAGAUGUAAUAUUUUCUGUUUGUUACAUUUUUAAGUAAACUCUCUCCAUGUGAGAGAAACCUAACAUACUUGAAAUCAGGUACUUUGCAGUGCAGUAUAGUAAAGAUGUAUUUAUUUAUCUUUCUCAUGCCAAGGUGCUGGAUAUGCACCUGCAGUCAAAAAUGUGUACCGAGACAGUGACAUGACGUCAUUGUGUUUGCUUGUGCUUUAACAUCCAGCCAAAAUACACUGAGUGAAAAUUUGAUCAUUUGUUUGGAUGAUUCAGCAGCAAAACCAGCUAACAUCAUCUCAUUGACUUGGUACUUUUUGACUGUAUCACUUUCUCUUGUUCAUUUCCAGUUAUAGUUUUUAAAUGGACUUUGCUGUGGGUGUACCAUCAGUUUUGCAUGAGGUUCACAUGUUGACAUUUGAGCAUUCCAGAUUUUUCAGUCAUUUGUGUUUUAAUCAAAGUAAUUAUCAUAUCACCUUAUGGCAGAGUAGCUAUUUGUAUUUUGUGUGAAUACUGUUUUUAAAGCAUUUCUUCUCUAGAUUAACAUAUGACUGUGGACACAAGUUGAUGGUAUUUGGAUGGUGGUUUUGCAUAUCUUGUGUCUUAUGGGCUCUUAGUCCAUUUUCUGAUAGAGCUCAUGUUUAUAUGAUUGUCAUGAGACAUGAAAGAAACUAUAGUAUUUUUUAUGCCCCAGUUCAGACAGGCAUCACUAAUUCUUUGCCUUUGUGUUUAGUAGUCUCUUACAGUCUCUUGUCUGACUUUGUCUUUAUCUUCUACCCUUCCAACUACCGACAUGUGGGAGACAGACCAGUGGAAAUAACUGAUAUGAAAUCAACCAAAUUACCCAAAAUAAGUAACUUUUUCCACAAAAAAACUGGUGGAUUGAACCAGAGGCUCCACAUGAAUAAAACACACAGGCUUUUACUUUCUAUAUUCUCAUUAAAUUAAAAUGAAGCUGUGUCCCAGUUCCAUAUUACAUAUCAAGUCUACACAGGUUUGGUUAAAUAUGUAGUCACACUGAAAACAUGACAGACAUAGUAAAAAAACAAAAAAAAA